CUCAGGCGGUCCAGUCGGCGGCUGCAGAUGGCGGCGCCAUGGGCGGCGGGAGACGGGAACCGGCUCUGGAGGCUCCGGGAUUUCGAGUCUAUUACCGGCGGGGACAGCAAGCUGGAGCCCGAGCUGCAGGGUCAGAAUCUCGAGGAUUACCAUUUACCUUCCAGCCUUCUCACCGUUGCAGAUUCAGAUGUGGAAGGGAUUUCAGGAAGUUUUCCUGGUUGUAUCGAUCAGUCAAUAAUUUCGAUAAUUGAGGCUACAGCGCAAACAGAGAAUAAAUUGUUGCUCGAUGAGGAGAGCGAGGCAUCACUACUAACAGCCUUGACUGAGAUACUGGAUACUGUUGAUGAUGAAAAUCCCUCUCCAUUUGAUUGCAUUCCUGACUCUGAGAUAUUUGCCCCACCAAAGGAUGAGCAAGAAUGCCUUCUGGUUGGGCACCAGUCUUGUGCCAUGCUUCCAGAUGUGGGGAAGGAACCUUUCGGACACUUGGUCCUGUCUGCUCCCAGGGGUCUGAAUGCCCAGUGGAGAUCGGAGAAGCUCUUGAACAGAGGUUUUGGAGAGGAAACUUCACAGCAGCUUAGUGAUGGCAAGGAAGAGGAAGAAGAUGAUCUGAUUAGUAACGGUCAGGGUGCAUCAGAGUCGGGACCCGGUGAAUCACUGGACUUGCGGUUGGCUGAGCAGCUUGAUGCAGCGGGGUUGGAGAACAACGUAACACUGGUACUUGAACGCAGUUCGUCACGUGCAUAUGAUGUCCAGCAUGUGUCGAUGUCUGACCCAGUCAAGGAUGUUCGUCUUCAUCGUUUGCCCAAUGGAGUGAUAUGUCUGGGGACAGACGCCGAUCUAGCGGACAGCAUGAUUGAACUGGAGGUUCAUGUGAUCCAGGAUAGUGAGUUGCAGGAUCUGGAGUUACCAAUGGUGCUUUGUGAGAGCAGUGAGCAUCUGAUACAAAUGAUAGGUGGGAAUGACGAGGACCCUGUGCUGGCUGAAGACCCUGGUGCAGAGCGCCUGCCACAAACCUCAAAGCAACAGGAAGGCAUGCCAGCCUCCUCAGUGGAGACCUCCCCAGACACAAUGACAAGAGGAAAGUUGAGAAAAACAACAAAAUCUGAUGAGACUCCAGUUUCUGAGCAGCUGGACAAUACUGAAACAUCAUGUCAACACCACCGUCUUGAGACCCAGCUUCAAGCAGCAGAAAAUCAGGGAAGCUCCACCGAAGUCCAGCAGAAACAGGAGCGCUUGCUUGAUCCUUCACAAGAAUCUCAAUUUCUAACCCAACAGACAGGAGUGGAACAAGGUGUGAGGAGAAUCAAAACUAGAGGCAAAGUUACUGCUGGGAAGGAGAGUAACCAAGUUGUUACAUCGAGCAAGGGUGCAAAGGAGCCAGAGAAUCCAUCGCCACCUGAGAGCCAGCCUGCAUUGGGAGGCUGCAGUUCUCCCCAGUCAGUAGAGCCUCAGUCUGGGCAUGGAGAUACACUUGUAAAUGAGGUCAUACACCCUGAACAAACUCUGGAGAAUGGUCCUGCCCCAGCGCCCCAGCACCCUGGGACCACUUCAUCCCCAACAUCACGAUUGCCUGGUUGUGAUAUGCCAUCUCCCGCUGUUCCCGAAACAACCAUCAAUGAAUCCAAACUGCGAUCAAUCAGCCUCCAACAGUAUCGACUGCGACUCCAACAACGGAAACGAGAUGGUGUCCUCUCAGUGCAUGAGAAACAAAAGCUUGGUACAGACACAAACAGCAAGAGCGCCUGGCCUGUUGUCCCCAUUCAGUCCAUUGUCCAGGGGGAGCUCAGCAUUUUGCCACUAGAACCUGCUGGACACGUAGUCAGAAGGCAGGCCACUCCACUCCACCUCCAGGACUCUCCUCAAAGACAAACUGCACCCAUCCAGGUCCCAUCCAAGGAUAGCCAGACCCCACCCACCAAUCAAGGCCCCACACCCACUGCAAAACUGCCAACCUGCUAUCCGACUCCAUCCACUGUGGACCUACCUGCCAGCCACCUGGCUGCAAAACCUGUGACCCAUCUGACUCCACCCAGUCAGCCCUUACCCACCCAUCUGGCCCUGCCCCCCCCCCAUCACCUGACUCAAACCAUUCUGACCUCAUCUGCUCACCACAUGGCCCUACCCUUUCUUGUCCCAUCCAACCACUGUCUGACUCCACCCACUGUACCCACACCAUUCCAACAGUUGGUCCCACCCACUUCGGCCCCACAUGCUCUGCCUCUGGGUCUACCCACUUCUGCUCAUGCUUCAUUAGCUUCACCCGCCCCUGCUCAGGCUCCGGCCGAUCUGGCCGCUCCGGCCCCUCUGGCCGCUCCUGCCCCUGCUCAGGCUCAGGCUCCGGCCCCUCUGGCCGCUUCUGCCCCUGCUCAGGCUCCAUCCAUUCCUGCUCUGGCCUCAGCUACGCUACAGCUGCCAAAUGAGUCUCAGUACAGGACAAGGCAGAAAGUGGUGAAACCUCCAAUUCUCCCAGACAGCUUGAAAUCCCAAACCAAAACCUCAAUCAUGGACCCACAGCCUCAGCAAGUCCAGACCACAUCAGUCCACAAACCCCUCGUCCCACUCACAGGAGCUCUACCCCCAUCAACUCUGAUACCGGGAGAUUCAGAGCACCCAUCGCUGAUGCCUGCCAUUGGGCCUUGCAAUGCUGCUCCAGAGGUGGACAUUCCACAUGAUCAGAAUGACUUGCUGGCUGAAUCUGUCCAGGUAACCACAAUGCAGGCUCUGCCAGUCACAUCUCCAUCACCACCAAUCCCUGAAUGUCCUCCAGUGCAGGAGCUUCAGUCAUCCAGGGGACCCCAGGCACGUGAAGGGAACGAUCAGGGCACACCAAGCUCCUCAGUGGUGGUGAACAAAGCAAAGGACAACCUGAAAGCAGGUAUUGAGGCAGCCGACCUGAUGAGUUUGCUGGAACAGUUUGAAGUCACUGAGGUGUCAGAGGAGUCACCCCCUGGGAACAUCAAAGGGCCAGAGGUUCCUGAGGAGCGGAAACUAUUGGAUCACAUAUUUGGAGCAGAAUUGGCAAGUACAGCAGGUUUGACGCCACCGGCAACUCCACCGCAUCAGAUAUGGAAAUCACUACCCUCACCAGCGAGCUUUCUGGGCAAGCGGAAGUUACUGGAAACAGCUGAGGGCUUCGGGGGCUCUCCAGUCAGGACUGCGAAGCUGAUUGAUCCAAAGCCUUUGGUACAGAAUAAUCGGGCAAAGUGUUCAAGCCCCCAGUCUGCACUCAAGCCUCCACUUGCUGCUCCCUUUGGCUUUGGGGAUCAUAUAUAUUGUUUGCCUAGAAUCAGCACCCAGUCAUCAUCGCGCAAUAUCUCUCCGCCAGCUGUGGGCCAGCCGGAUGUUGCCUGUCGUUGGAACAUCAAGCGCCAAGCAAACAUCACUAUUAAACCCAUUACCUCCUUGAAUCGUCAGUGUCGAAGCCCAACUUCUCAGCACUGGGUAGGGGACAAGCAGCUAGGAACUGGCCCUGGUAUUGAAAGGAACACAUCACAUUCCCAGAAGACAUUGCAUGGAGUUCAGGUCUCCUCCAACACACUUCCCACUGGAACAGGAAGCGCAAACCCGAAUAAGAGCUUCUCAUUGGCAGUGGACCAGCGGAAUGUUGGAUGUGAAACUGCAGAGAGAAACCAUUGUGUAACUAUAACUCCCUCUCCGAAUGGAGAGACUGAGAGGGACAAACCCUUUGAUUCUUCCCAUUGUUCAAGAAGGACUUGGACCUCCCCGUGCUAUAGGCGUCAGCGGUAUACUAGCUCCUCCAGCUCCACAUCCUGCUCCCGGUCCUGGUCCCGGUCCCGGUCCCGUUCCCAUUCUCCUGCGCAGAAGAGGAGACGAUAUUGCAGGAGACGAUCCCGUCAUUCUCGACAUAGUUCACGAUCAGAUUCCAGAUCGAGCUCACGUUCCAGAUCAUGUUCAAGAUCAAAUUCAAGAUCUGACUCUGGAUCUAGAUCCAGAUCAAGAUCAUCACGAAGACGCAGUGUUCAUAUGAGUUAUUUCACAGAUACUUAUGAUGAUUUUUCUGAGGAACCAAGACAUCGAUACUCGAGGGCUCGCUCACAAAGAAUUAAUCAGCGACGGGAACUCGCAAUAGAGGAACGGCGAGUUGUUUAUGUUGGGAAAAUCCGGAAUGGGAUGUUGCGUGAGGAACUGAGGAGGCGAUUUGAAGUGUUUGGAGAAAUUGAGGAUUGCAACAUUUAUUUCAGGAGUGAAGGAGAUAACUAUGGGUUUGUCACGUACCGUUACACAUGCGAUGCAUUUGCUGCUAUUGAGAAUGGACAGACGUUGCGUAAACCUGAUGAGCUGCCCUUUGACCUCUGUUUUGGUGGCCGGCGGCAGUUUUGUAAAACGAAUUAUGCAGAUCUAGAUUCCAGUCAUGCAGACUUCAGUUCUUAUUCAACCAAAAGCAAGUUUGACUCUUUAGACUUUGACACUUUAUUAAAACAGGCCAAACGGAGUCUUCGGAGGUGACAGCAGUGACUGCGGAGGAGGGGAAGGGAGUGCAAGGGAGAUGCAAGUCUGAAGACAUUGUGUCUCCUGUUUACAUGCUGCUACCGGAUCAGAUUGAGAUUUAUAUAUAAACUCUAGGUGUCUGUGACUGACAGGAUGCAAGAAGUGUCUUGCCAUCUGCGUCAAACAGUUCACACUUGAGAGAUAAAAAGAAAUCCUCUUUUUAAAAAAUCAAAUAAAAUAUA